GCACCAAACCAACAUCAAGAUUAUUUUUGUCUCCCCUGCCCGACCGCUUUGGACGACUCGUAUUGGCCCCUGCGUGUACAUGCAUGCUGCAGGUUUGUGUGCUGUGUAGAGAGGGUGUGUUCUAUUGUAGGCCAUGUAUGGGGUGAGCAGCAACAAAGCCUGGCAACACGAGCUGCUUCGUCCAACACGCUUUGCUGCAAGAUGCAACUUUCUGCGCCCUCCGCCAAAGGCGACUGGCUGCUGAUGCAUGCGCUGCAGAAGCGCUCAAGGCGACCGCUCCUGGGCCCCGUACUCGUACAGGAACAGAGUUCAAAAGGGGCUGGCCAGGCGUCGACGAUGCUGCGUGCUGGCGAACAACAAGUUCCGGAGGAACAGAUCGGUUCCACCCCUUUGGUCGGCCGUCGCAUUUUUCACACGUGGCUCCUGAGCGAAACUUUUCUAGGAUCCGAGCAGCCACCCAUGCACGCUGCCAUUUGCUCCAUGCUUUUGCGCAAUUGUCUCUGCCAGCCCCCUGCAACACAUCAAUUGCCUUUCAUUAUUGUCAUCCCCACCCACAUCUUUCUUUUCUUGUCUUAUCACCUUGACCCUGUUGUCUGCUACUUAGCAGCAGCACCCUUUUUCUUUUGUGCCUUGGCCGCGUUUCCCCGUACACCCUCAGAUGACCCAGUCCGUCCACUGUGCAACCGAAGCCAACCAGGUUGCACCCUUCGCUGCUCAUUGUUAGGGAUAGGCGGUAUGAUAUCAGUCUGCGUGCGAUUUUCAGGGGCACCGUCGCUCCACUGCCUUUUCCUCCACAAUCAAAGUACGCGCUGCAUUACGUUGCCACCACGGCAGUUGGGAAAUGGACAGUCGUGUGUUUGA